AUGGCUAGAGGAAACCAGAGAGACUUGGCAAGGCAGAAGAACUUGAAAAAACAACAGGAUAACGCCAAAAGCCAGAAAAAAGCAGGUGAUCCCAAGAAAAGAAUGGAAUCGGAUGCUGAGAUCCUCAGACAAAAGCAGGCUGCGGCCAAUGCCAGAAAGGAGGCCGAAGCUGCCGGGCCGAAAUCUAAGAAAUAG